AGUUAUUUUUGUAAACAUGAACUUUAUUAUCAAUUAUUUUUCAGUUAGAAGUAAGAAGUUUACGUCAGAGAGAUUGUAAUUUUUCUAUGAAGAAAUUGUUUUUCGUAUCAUUAGUUUAGUUUGUUCAGUGAAAGAGAAAAUGAAAAAACAAGGUGGAAUUUUAAGGUUAUACCGCACACCUGGUUGUACAGCAGCAAAAAAGUUUGAAAUUGUCCAGAAACUUCAGCAAACAUGUAAAAAUCUAAAGGAUAUUCAAACCGAAAUAUGUUUUCAUAUCGAAUCAACAAGUGCCUUGGAAGCAAAAGACGUUAAGAUUUUGAAAUGGGUUCUUCAAGAUCCUCUCCAUCCCCAAAAUUUAAGCGAAAAGGGAACGCUGGUAGCGAAAAAUGGUACGGCUUUGGUUGAGGUAGGACCUAGAUUUAAUUUUUCCACAUCAAGUUCCACAAAUGCUGUUUCUAUUUGCCAAAAUCUCGGCUUGGUCCAAGUAACCAGAUUAGAGGUCUCACGUCGCUAUCUUUUAGUGUUUAAUCAAGGUACAAAACUUACACCUCAAAUUGAGAAUAAUCUAGCAUCUUUACUCUAUGAUAGAAUGACUGAAUGCAGGUAUACUCCAGAAAAUAUACCUAAAGUUAGCUUUAAUGAAAAACUUGUCAAAAAGGAGGAUAUAAAAGAGAUUGAUAUAUUGGGUAAAGGUGCAGAAGCUUUAAAAGCCAUUGAUAAAGAACUUGGUCUGGCGUUCGAUGAAGCAGAUAUAGUAUAUUACACAAAUUUGUUUAAAAAUGUUCUUAAGAGGAAUCCCACUAAUGUUGAAUGCUUUGACUUGGCUCAAUCUAACAGUGAACACAGUAGACAUUGGUUUUUUAAGGGAAAAAUGGUUAUUGAUGGUGUAGAGCAUAAGCAAUCACUGAUAGAUAUGAUUAUUGAAACUCAAGAACACACAAAUCCCAACAAUGUUAUAAAAUUCAGUGAUAAUAGUAGUGCAAUUAAGGGAUUCUUACACCGAAGCUUAAGGCCUGUAACAGCAGGUUCUCUCAGUGAGCUUAAGCAAGUACCAGUAGAAUCUCAUCUUAUUUUCACUGCAGAAACUCACAAUUUCCCGACUGGUGUAGCUCCUUUCAGUGGAGCCACUACAGGAACUGGAGGAAGAAUUAGGGAUGUGCAAAGUGUGGGAAGGGGUGGUUAUUGCAUAGCUGGUACUGCUGGUUAUUCUGUAGGCAAUCUUCAGAUUCCAGAUUAUGAUCUACCAUGGGAAGACAAAAACUUCUCUUAUCCAUCAAACUUUGCUCCACCUUUAGAAGUUCUAGUUGAAGCCAGUAACGGAGCCUCGGAUUAUGGUAACAAGUUCGGUGAACCCUUGAUUUCCGGCUUCGUACGGUCUUUUGGUCUUGUUGACGCGGCUGGAGAGAGAAAAGAAUGGAUUAAACCUAUCAUGUUUAGUGGAGGUAUUGGCAGCAUGGAAGCCGAUAUGACUGAGAAGCUGCCACCUAAAUUAGGACACCAAAUCAUCAAAAUUGGAGGACCUGUAUACAGAAUUGGUGUAGGUGGAGGAUCUGCUAGUUCAGUCGAGGUACAAGGGGACAACAAAGUAGAGUUAGACUUUAAUGCUGUACAAAGAGGUGAUGCCGAAAUGGAAAACAAAUUGAACAGAGUCGUACGUGCUUGCUUGGAACUAGGUUCCAAAAACCCUAUCGUCAGUAUUCAUGACCAAGGAGCUGGAGGCAAUGGAAAUGUUUUGAAAGAAUUAGUAGAACCAGUAGGAGGAAUUAUAUACGCCAAUAAAUUUGAUUUAGGUGAUCCGACAAUAAACGUUCUUGAGUUGUGGGGAGCCGAAUAUCAAGAAAAUAAUGCGUUGUUGUGUAAAAAAGAAGAUCUUCCUCGUCUUAAGAGUAUUUGUGCAAGAGAAAGAUGCCCUGUUAACGUUGUAGGUGAAGUAACUGAUACAGGAAGAGUAGUUCUGGCUUUAGACGAAAGCAAGGCUGUUACACCGUUUAAUUUGGAAUUGGAGCAUGUAUUAGGAAAGAUGCCUCAGAAGGUCUUUAAGCUAAACAGGCACAAAGUAGCCAGUAAACCAAUAGAAUUCCCAAAAGCCCUUUCGAUCUACCAAUCUCUGCUGAGAGUAUUAAGGUUGCCAUCUAUUGGAAGCAAGCGGUACUUAACAAACAAAGUAGAUCGGUGUGUUACAGGUUUGAUAGCUCAGCAGCAAUGUGUGGGACCACUACAUACACCUUUAGCUGAUGUUGCUGUUACGGCUCUUUCUCAUUUUGGACAUGAAGGUAUAGCGUCAUCUAUUGGAGAGCAACCUAUCAAAGGUUUAGUGAACACUGCAGCCGGUGCUAGAAUGACGGUAGUCGAAGCUUUAAGCAACCUCGUAUUCGCCGGUAUCACCAGUUUACGCGACGUCAAAUGCAGUGGUAACUGGAUGUGGGCUGCCAAGCUCCCUGGCGAAGGAGCAGCUCUGUAUGACGCAUGCAAAGCUAUGUGUGACCUCAUGAGCGAGUUAGGAAUCGCCAUCGAUGGUGGAAAGGAUUCUUUGAGUAUGGCAGCUAGAGUUGGAAAAGACACUGUCAAAGCUCCAGGAACCUUAGUAGUUUCUACUUAUGCUCCUUGUCCUGAUAUUAGAAAAGUUGUGACCCCUGAUUUCAAAGCGCCUUCUAUGGGAAAAACAGGAACCAUUCUGUUCGUAGAUCUUUCCCGAAGUGACAGUAGACUUGGUGGUUCGGCAUUAGCUCAAGCAUUUGGUCAACUUGGAGAGGAAUCUCCCGAUCUUCAUAGCGCUGAAGAAUUAGUAAAUGCAUUUAAUGCAACACAACAGUUAAUAAAAGAUGAUUCAAUUUUGGCAGGACACGAUAUCAGCGAUGGUGGCUUAAUCGUAUGCCUAUUAGAAAUGUGCUUCGCAGGAAUAUGUGGUAUGGAAGUUGAUGUUCAACAUAGACAAGGCAAACCACUUAAUAUUUUGUUUGCUGAAGAAGUUGGAUGGGUACUGGAAGUUUUGGAUGAAGAUGUUGCUCACUGCCUGAAUGUGUUUUCGAAUCACAACGUCCCAGUAUUCAAAAUAGGAAAGACUGUUGGAUAUGGAGUUAAAUCUAAAUUUGGAAUAAUAGCCAACCAUGCUUGCCUAGAAAGUACAAUUCUACCUUUGAUGAAGCUUUGGGAAGAGACUAGUUAUAGGUUAGAACUACAUCAGACUAUUAAAUCCUGUGCCGAUUCGGAAUUCCAUAGUCUUCCAAGCCGAACUGGACCCAAAUACACACUUACAUUCGACCCUGAUCACGAUCAGACUGUAAAAGACGAAUUAGUUCCCGUAGCUGUGAUAAGAGAAGAAGGAACAAACGGAGAUAGGGAAAUGGCUGCUGCGUUGAUAAGAGCCGGGUUCAAAGUGUGGGAUAUUACUAUGCAAGAUCUGUUGAGCGGUGUGGCCACUUUGGAUAGGUUUAGGGGCGUGAUAUUCCCUGGAGGUUUCAGUUAUGCAGAUGUCUUGGGUUCUGCUAAAGGCUGGGCGGCCAGUAUUCUAUUCAACAAAACCGUCCGAGAACAGUUCGACAAAUUCUUUGCCAGAAGAGACACGUUCAGUUUGGGAGUAUGUAACGGAUGCCAAUUGAUGGCUCUUAUCGGUUGGGUUGGAACACCUGUUAAUGAAGGUACUAAACCAGACAUAAUGUUGGAACAUAAUUUGUCUGAAAGAUUCGAAUGCCGGUGGAGCACUAUCAAGAUAGAAAAAUCCAAAGCUAUAAUGAUGAAGGGUAUGGAAGGGUCUUCAUUUGGUGUGUGGGUCGCUCAUGGAGAAGGUCGAUUCACGUUCAAAUCAGACACCAUCUACGACCAAUUGAAAUCCGAAGAACUCGUCGCCUUGCGUUACGUAGACGAUAACGGAAAACCGACUGAAAUCUAUCCCAUGAAUCCCAAUGGAAGUAUUGAGGGAUUGGCGGGAGUGUGCUCCGAAGACGGAAGACACUUAGCGAUGAUGCCGCAUCCCGAAAGAUGCGUUCAACCAUUCCAAUGGCCGUACAUGCCACAAAGCUGGGUACACUACAAGAAGAGUCCAUGGGAGAAGAUGUUUAGAAACGCUUAUGAAUGGUGCAGAAGCAAUAAAUUCCAUAAUGUUUAUUAUUAAGUUAAAAGAAAUAUUGUAAAUAUUUCAAUGAUCUAGCUCAAAUUUUAUAAUGUUUGUACACAUUUUGAAGUUAUUCUAUUUUAGAUAUAGCAGUUUCGAAUGUAGAGUUGAGUCCAUGGAUAUUUACCCGUGCGUCAUCAUUUACAGCAUACGAAAUAAGUCGGAAAUUUACUUAACGCAACAGCAAGUGACAGAAAGUGGCUACUGCUCCGAUGACGGAUAUUAUAAAAUUUGACAUUAUCAAAUAAAUAGAAUGUAAAAUGUUAGUUUUGCUUUAAAAUUUUGGUGCAGAAUUAACACUACAUUUGAAGUAGCUUAAUAAAUUAUUUUAAUAUCAUUACUGAUUAAUAAAUACUUAAAUAACAAUUUUUAAAAAAUUUAAUGAAAUAUAUAUAUUUUUGUUAUUUCUUUCACUUUUGCGGAAACUUAAAUAAAACCAUUCCUUAACUGUGUGAAUGAGGUUAACUUUGUAUGUAUAUUAAUGGCAAAAUAAAAUACACUUACCAUAAAAUUUCAAACUCCAAUAUAAAAUUAGUUGUGAAAGCAACUGUUUGUGUAAUAUAAAUAACUUCUAAAUGCAAAAGCAGGACAAAAAUAAAACAAAAAAAAAUCCAACAAACUGACAUCCACAAGUUAACAAACCAGGAACGUCACAAAUUUCACUUAAAAUCGGAAAACGUCCCCAAGCGUCUUUUGUGUAUCUAUAUUUUUUCGGUGUAAUGAGUAGAGCGCUCAUAAAAAUAACAUUUGUCUUUACUUAAUAACAGGCGGUAGCGGGCUUGUCUCUAGUUUCAUGCGUGGAAGACAAUGAUGGUAGAUACAAAGUAUGUGUUUUAUCUCUCCACUUAUUAAUGAUGCACGGUAAAGAACCAUGGACUUAACUGUAUAUUAAUUACAAGUGUAAAAUGCCACAAUAUGUUUUCAUAUAUUAAACAAUUUUUGAGUUUGUUAAGUUUUAAUAUCUGCUGUACUAUGCUGUAAAAAUAGGAAUGAAAAUAGUAAUGACUUUAUAAUUAAUAAAAACUUUAUUUAUAUUUAAAUAAAAUAGCCAAGUUCGUCUCGAUAUUAGUAAGUACAUACCCAGUUUACCAUACAACAAAGCAAUUGUUAAAAUAUAUAUUUUUUAUAAAAUAUAUCAAUAUUUUCUAUGACAAUAAUUUUUAAAUUCUAUAGUAGUUUAGGAACUAUUUUUUAUAAAUAAUUAAAAAGUAAAUGCUUUAUUUUGAUAAACUAUUUUUAUAAAAUGUGUUAGGGGAUAUUUUUAUUAUUGUUAAAUACAUUUAUUGUUAUUGAA